AUGACGCCCGAUCUCUGUGAGGUUGGGUGUGGACCAGAGGAGGCAGAACCAUCCACACAACUCCCUGCAGGGGCCACUAGCUGUCCCAACAUUGGCAGGUCUGCGGAAAGUGUUGUCAGCCUCGUUGACGGCGCUCAAAUUUUAGUGGAAGACAACAAAACGGAUGGGAUGGCGACGAGUAUGGCGUCAGGUGAAGGUGACUACAACAGCGUCAUCGUGGUAGUCGCGGAAACAGGGUCAGGGAAGAGCACGCAGAUUCUGCAGUACCUUGCCGAUAACAUCAGCGAGCCGGGGAAGCUGAUCGCAUGUACACAGCCUCGCAAAAUCGCAGCGAUUAGCCUGGCCGAUAGGGUGGCGACGGAGUACGGAUGUCAAGUAGGGGAUGAGAUAGGGUACGCCGUCGGGAGCAAGAGGCGCGUCAGUGACAGGACGAAGGCUGUCUUCAUGACUGACCAGGUCCUGCUCAACUCCUGUGUGAAGGAAGGCGAGCUCGACAAGUACUCCUGUGUCGUCAUCGACGAGGCUCACGAGAGAAGUAUCCACACCGACCUCCUGCUGGGGAUACUGAAGAAGAGUCUACACACGAGACCUGGUCUGAGACUCAUCAUCGCCUCCGCUACCAUUGAUCCAACACUGUUCUCUAACUACUUCGGCGGUUGUCCAGUGAUGUCGGUCCCGGGAAGGACCUUCCCUGUUGACAUAAUCUAUAAAACCCCGCAGUUUGAUGACAGCAAUGUUGACUUUGUCACCGAGACGGUGAACAAGGUUGUAGAGAUUCACAGCAACGAAGGCGAGGGAGAUAUUCUUGCGUUCCUAACAUCACCCUUGGACAUAGAACGUGCAUGUGAAAGGACGACAUUUCUCCUCGGAUCCAGGGUAAACUCCGUUCUUCGUCUCCCCCUUCACGGCAAACUACAACCCGAGGAUCAGAGAAAAGUGUUUGAACCAGCCCCCGCUGGGGCCAGGAAGGUCGUGUUUGCCACCAACAUCGCGGAAACGAGCGUCACCAUCCCAGGCAUCAUCUAUGUCGUGGACUCUGGAAUGAUCAAAGAACGGUACUUUGACGCCAAACGGAACCUCAGCGUUCUCGACGUCAAGAUGGUCGCGCAGAGCUCUGCUAUACAGAGAGCCGGUCGGGCGGGGAGAAUGCAGCCUGGGACGUGCUACCGGCUCUACACCGAGGACGAGUUCAAGGACAUGAGGGUGUCCACACCGCCAGAGAUUCUGCGCAUGCACCUAGGCAUGGCGGUGUUGAAGCUGAUGGAACUAGGAGUCACUGACGUCACUGACUUUGACUUCGUAGAACGACCCUCCGACGACGCUUUGCAAGACGCAAUAGACCAGUUAGAUAGUCUUAGGCGCUUGAGGGGACUGAAGACGAGAUUUUCCCCCUUAGGUGCCAUUGAGGGGACUGAAGACGAGAUUUCCCCCAAACCUUCGGAAUCGAAACAGUCUGACUGGGUGGUCGUCACAGACCAGUCACAUGAAACUACCGAGGUCAUGGACAACUUAGAUAAAACGCCCACAGUCUCCAGUUUCGGAGCCCUGAUGGGCUUUUGGCGGCUUCCCAGCAUCAUCAGUAAGAUGUUCCGGGGAAAGGACAAACAAACACAGGAACCAAGAAUGGAGGACGAACAGCAGGACAAGCAAGACACGACGGUAACGUCCAUGUCCACGACGAUAACGUCCAUGUCUAUCAGACUAACUGAACUCGGAAAAAAGAUGUCUCAGCUGCCGACAGAGCCGAGACUGUCAAAGAUGAUCCUCGAAGGCGUGAACCAAGGGUGCGGGAAGGAGGCCCUCUUGGUGGCCGCGCUGGCGUCCGCAGCCGGCAGCGUGUACUUUCGAGCGGGGACAGAAGAGGAAAAGGCCACGGCAGAUCGGCAGAAGAUGAAGUUCUGUCACGAGGGAGGGGAUCUACUAUCCAUGCUGGACGUGUACAGAGAUUGGGUGGCACAAUCACCGACCCGGCGCAACAAAUGGUGCGUCGCGAACAGUAUCAACGCAAAACCAAUGCGGCGUCGCUGAGGAAGGCCUUCCAAAGAAAUGAAGCACCAGCUUGCUUCCGGUGGCGUGCACAUUCCUGAAGACUUCGCUCCCGUUGAGACCGUGAAUGUUCAACUUCCUCGUCUGGUCCUCGCUGCAUAUUGCAACAACUUGUGCGUCUUCAGUGGCCACGAACGGGCAGGCUAUAUCGUGGAACGCCUUCAGCAGUGUGUGCACAUCCACCCCUCGUCUGCGCUGAAGCACCUCGGUGCACAGCACAAGUGGGUCGUCUUCGACGAGAUUCUGCGGACUUCGCGUGACUUCAUCAUCAACGUCACCCCUGUCGAUAUCGAAUGGCUCGAAGACGUCGCCUCGCGUUAUGCAAGCAAAGUCGACCUGCACUCCCUCGAACGAUCUACCAUGACUUCGUGCCUAAUCAAUGGAUACGGGCUCGAGGUAGUGAGAGGACUGAUAGGAAGGCGUGCACAAACGCUGAAGUCCCUGGAAGCCACCGUGUCAGACGACGAGAAGCACCUCUGUGUCAUAGAAGUUGACACUGACCGUUGUCAAGUGGCCGUUUUCACCACUCAGGAUCGCCUUAAAAAAGGCGAAAAGAUUGUCCGUGACGCCAUGGAUGCCAGGCACAACGACUUGAAGAACGAAAGCGACGAGAUACCCGUGGUUGAUCACAGAGGCGACGGAACACGAAUGGUGCUCGGGAGAGGAGGAGAAGUACAAGACAUCCUCAUGUCGUCGGAGUUCCGCUGUGUUGAAGUCUUCUACAAGUAUACCGGCCAAGACUUGGAGGGCUGUAAGGAUGUCAUGGACAUCUUUGCCUUUUUGGAUGGCAUCUUGAUCAGAACUGCCUUCGACAGGAUUCUGACAACAGCAAAUGGCCAGAGGGUGGGAGCACUGACGUUUUCGUCUUAUAGGUUGGCACAGAAAACUGUCAAUCACUACGAUAAGCAACCUUUCCGUGACGGAACCCUGAUACUGAAACCAGUGAACCAGAGUCGCGGUCCAGGUGGCGCGGUCCUCGGCAAGUCGAACUGAACGUGAUGUGGUUCAGAAGAGAGUGCAAAGGUUGGAUUCGUUGAGUGCGAUGAUGCCAUGAUGAAUUUAGAUGGAUAUAGUAUUGACGCGCGCGUAUCGUCGCUGACAUUGACGGCAAGUCAUCGAGGCGGCAAUGGAAUCAUCAGAGCAAGUAUCAACAAAAAUAAGAUAUCAUCGGUGUACGUUCGAGGUCCUUCUUGUUCGCUAAACGAGCAGACCUUGGAAAGGACUGUGCGCAGAAACUCUGUGGUCGUGCCUCAGAGGUAUUCAGUGGUGUGGAGACCACAGACAUCCCCCGUGGACGUGGAGCGUGAUGAAGCACAGCUUAAAGGACUGUUUUCAACAUACGUUGUACUUGGAACCGAGCGGGUUUCAGUCACCAAACCAAAAACCGAAAGCCAAGUGCGGGGAUACGCAAUCGUCACCCUGUCUGAUGACAAUGAUGCCUUGAACGCCGUCAGAGGCCUUCAUAACCAGCGAGGGUUGAUGGGAACACAGGCCUUGUCAGUAGAGAGAAAGCUACAAUGCGACGUUGUGUGCAACGCAAGGAUCUACGACGUUUUAGAGGAGAGCUUUAGGGAUACCUUAGAGGACCUUACGCGAGGAGGGACUCGUUCUGUGAAGAUUGAGUACAAACGCGCCAAGUCUGGCAGAACGGUCUACUUCAAACUGUCCGGAAGAGACGUCGGUGAGGUAGCUCGCGCCAAAAGCCGUCUGCACGACGUCAUGAGACCGGAUACAGUGGCCCACGAAGAUCCCCAGAUCACCUCUCGACUAUUCAACAAAAUCGGACUCGACUUCAUCCAAACCAUUAGGAACCGCGUGAAAGGUGUUCACAUCGAUGCCGACCGCAGGACGUUCACCGUCAGUCUGUACGGGAAGGAUGAACCAAGGCUGGAGGCGAAGAGACUCAUCACGGCCUACCUAGAGAGCCUGACGAAACACAAACCACAAGAGAUUCACCUGGCGGACAGCAGCAGACCUGCAGGUGUUAUGAAGGCUCUUCUCAACAAGUACGGCCUCGACCUAGACGGGUUAAAGAACGCAACGGGCGCGACGGAGAUCAGGCUAGACAUGCGGAAACACCUCCUCGUUGUCCAAGAGAGUGAUGAGAUCUUCAACAAGGUGAAAGAAGUGGUAGAAGAGUGCGCGAAAGAGAUCCUGGAGAGGAAGGGCGAAAGUCGCCAGCGUGAGGAAGAAGACGACUCCGAGGACUGCCCCGUCUGUUUCUGCCCCAUAGAUGGCCAGGACUACCGCCUGCAGUGCUGCGGCCACCGCUACUGCCACGAGUGUAUCAAAUUUCAGCUGGCGACAGCUAUCAGGAGCCAAGAAUUCCCCAUCAGAUGCGGGACUAAGGGAUGCCCCUGUGAAUUCUUCCUCAGGGACCUCCGCUCACUCCUCAACCAGGCGGAUUUCCGGCGACUUGUCACAGGAUCCCUCAACGCUUUUGUGAACAAGAGCAGAGGCCGGUACCGUCCCUGUCCAACUCCUGACUGCCCGUCCGUGUACAGGUGUGUCAGUGAAGAAGAGGGGGAGGGCCAGGUGUUCCAAUGCUGCAUGUGCCACAAGCGCCUCUGCACCCGCUGUCAUGUCGACAUGCAUGAUGGGAUGUCCUGUAGGACAUGGCAGAUCUUCAAUGGCGAGUCAGACGCCACCUUGCGGGAGUGGAUGGAAGGGAAAAAGGACGUCAAACUUUGCCCCAAGUGCAGCUUCGUCAUCGAGAAGACUGCCGGCUGUAACCACAUGACAUGUAGGUGCGGGGCACACAUCUGUUGGGUUUGUCUAGCAACAUUCGACUCGGGAGGGGACUGUUACGACCAUUUGGCCAAGUCGUGUGGAGGCAUUCUCUGAAAUAACACCAAAGAUAUAAUUUUUUGCCAUAGUAUGGAAAUGGAUAAGAAGCGACAACCAAUUGUAAAACAGAACACAACGAAUUGAAAUAUUUUGUGUAACCGUGUUGCAACAUGCUUUGAUAAAAUCAGGACGAUAAUAGUUGCGUCGUUUCAGAUAUAGCAUAUUACUUAUCUAAAACAUAUUUUCAAAGAUUCCGCAGAGUUGUACGUUACGCAGACUUUUCUGUCAAAGUCUUGUUCAGACAUGAUUAUAAUAGCGUUGUAUAUGCAUUAGAAGAAAAAAGCGAACGGAAGAGACAGUGAUAUACUAUCGGCAAAUAUGUAUUUUGUUAAUUUCAAGUUAGUUGAUUUUGCUGCAAUGGUAUUGUUUCGACAAAGUCUUCACGGAAUGCUUCACGGUUCAAAACAUUGGUUGUUGUAGAAGGCACGUGUUGCUUGUUCUGCCUGGAAUCUUACGGGGCGAUUGAUUGAAUUAAUAAA